AUGAGAAAGUUCCGACUCCUGGAUGCAUGUGAGAAAGAAAACAUCAACCGGGGAAACUUCCCACUAGGAAAAAUGAGCGAGGACAGUCCCGUCAUGUCGGCCGAGGCUGCUCAGAGGCCUGAAGGUGUCAGACGCAGCAGAAACCAUCACGGAGGAUCGGCGUGUGGGGGCGGAGGAGGAGGAGGAGGAGGAGGGGAGCUCGGUCCAUCAGAAGAUCAGACGGGGGACGAAAGGAGGAGCGUCGAUAAAGAGCAGGAGGAGAAAGCGCGCGUGCACCGGGCGGUGGGCGUGCUGAGAGAGCUGGGAGCUUCUCAGGCCGACAAACUGACGGCUCUGAGAGGGGUCAUCAGAGAAUGUGCCUUCAUGCUCCAGACGUCUCCACCAGGGGGCGGCGUUCAGCGGCGUCCAGCCACAGCAGGAUGUAAAACCAGGCCCAAAUCAGACAACCUCAGCGACAUUUUCCACAGUGUUGAAGAAGACAUGGAGCACAUUUUGGACAAACUGCAACAAAUUAUCACAGAGCUGGAUUUGGUAGUUCUCCAGUUAUCUUCAGAUAGCGCCUCAGCCAACGUUGCUGAGGGUCUUCCAGAGUCAAAAGGCACAGACUCUUCCGUAUCCUCUCAGGCGCCAAAAGCUGAAGGAACCGGGAAUAAUCCGGUAGAAAUUCCUUUUGGGGGUGAGCCGGAGGCUGAGGACGAUCAGCAUCCCACGCGCCCAUCGUCUGGCUCUGAGAAAGUACCAGAGACGGGACUCAGGAUUUCUGACUGCAACAAGGUGGAAGAGAACAGAGGACAAUUACCAGUCAAACAGCCAGUAUUCAACUUUCCAGAGAAACCUGUCCACUGUCAGGCCAAUAAACAGGAAAAGACACAGAAGGAGACAGAAGAGAAAAGAGAGGAGAAAAACUUUAUGAAAAAAGAAGAGGAAAAGGAGGAAUGGGUCACAGUGGGGCUGACCGGUCAGAUGGAGGGCAGCUGCCCGGACGAAGCGGACGGCUGUUUUAUCAGAGCACCCGCGGCUGUCGCCAAAGUCCUGAGGUGCGAGACGGCUGACCAGCUGAGCUGCCUGAUGGUGUCCGGCUCGGAGGAGCUGGUCAGCCGAGUGGUCCGCGUCGAGGGCCAAAGCGGAGCCAGCUUCCACUUUCCCCUGACCGUGGCCGUGCCGUUCUGUGUGCGGCACCGCGGCAGCUACAGGGACGUCGCCGUGAAGAUAAUCAGCGAGGAGAGGAGGGUGAGCUACGUCACCCCCGUGACAACAGAGGGUGUGCACGGAGGGCGACAGGGCACGUUUGCAGAAGCAAAGGUGUACUCACUGGGUCUUUUUGCAGUGGUCUACUGCCUAAAGCGAGAAAAUUACAUCAUUCCCAAGAGGGGGCUGUCACUGAAACUCCCCAUGGAUUCUCGGAUCUGCCUAAAUUACCUCCCGGGAUCCUUCACUGCUCCUGUAAUGGCACAAACAAUGGUCCAGCCGGUGGACGCCGUUCUCCUGGCCGCCGUCAGGUCGAGAAAUGAUGCCUACAGACCGGUGGUGUCCUCCAGUCCUCUGCUCUACCUCACCCACCCGAACACUCAGCCCCUCAGGAGAACCCUCACCAUCACGCUUCCCUGUCCCCCGAACCCUGAAAAAAAUAGGGAGGCCAGAGGGCAAGACCACCCGAACUGCCAACGUCAGACCAUUCGUGCUGUUUUACCCUCCCCUGCCAGACUGAGAACCAUGAAUGACCCUUUGAAGUCUCAGGAGAUUUCCGGUGAGUCGCUGAUUCUUCUGGGGUCCAGAGACGCACAGUGGAGUGUCCUCGAUAACGUGGCGGUCAGGAACGUGCAGAACGGCCUGGUGUCCUUUGAGUUGGAGGAAACUUGGGACAGGCUGCUGGUGGUCCGUCUCCUCUCCCCGCUGCAGCCCUGUGAUCUGGCCUCCCUGGCCGAGGAGCUGGUGGAGUCUUCCCGCUGCCACAGCGUCACCGUCGUUCUGCAGAGGCCAAAAGAGGAACCUCGGUCAGCGUGGCUGGCCGCGCUGCCCAGCAGAGAGCUCAGCUGGGAGCUGAGCAGACUCAGGGCCCAGGGCCUCCACGGCCUCGUGGAGACCUCAGCAGAGAUCUCCAUGUGUGAAGCAGAUCAGCUCGUCCUGCGUUUCAGCGGCAACAUCGGCUCCACAGGUUCGGCCGAAAACGACAAAAACGAGGGAGAGCGCCUCACAUUUCACAGCCAGCGGAGGAAUCGCCUCUUAGUGCACCUGACUGAGCUGGACCCUUUUGGAAACUACAGUUCGCCUCACUACAAAGGGACGGCCCUGUUCUAUAGGGUCAGCCGAGGAAGGCUGGACUGGGGAGGGGACAAAGCUGUCCUGAAGGACUCAAAACUCCUGGGAGACCCGGUCUGUAAGAUGCCUCUCACCUUACCAAAGAAAGCGAGAGUCAUCAAUCGACCCACAGCGGCAAGAGUGAAGUUAUGCGAGGAGACAGAGUUCCUGUCCGACGCUCUCCUCCUCUGGCUGGCCGGGGAGCUGACGCGGGAGGAGACGGCCCUGCUGGUGUCCUCGCUGCGCCUCAGACGCAGCGCCGUCCAGCUGGUCAAGCUCCGGGCGGGGGACAGCCCGCCGGCCCAGGCCUUCCAGGUCCUGGCUACGUGGAGGAGGGCGCAGCCCUCCGUCCCGCACCAGCCCAAGGCCUCCCAGCUGGCCCAGAGCCUGGCCAGGAGCGGCCGGCCGGACCUGGCCAGAGAGCUGCUGCUAAGGCAAGCGGAGCUGUCCGAAACGAGGAGGCCCAGGAAGCAGAGCUCCCAGUGCGGCUGUCCAGCCACACACGGCCAAAAGAGCUGA